AAGCCCUUCAUUUUUCCUUGGUGGGUUUAUGUGAAAUUUGCAAACUUUGGUUCUUUUUAGUACUUUUGUCUAGUUUUCUUUAAGUUUGAGGGUGAAGCUUGAAGAUGUCAAUGUCCUGCAAGGAUGGUAAACCUGGGUGCCUGGAUAAUGGGAAAUAUGUAAGGUACACACCUGAUCAGGUUGAGGCCCUUGAAAGGCUUUAUCAUGAUUGCCCCAAACCUAGUUCCAUUCGUCGUCAGCAGUUGAUUAGGGAGUGCCCUAUCCUCUCCGAUAUCGAGCCUAAACAGAUCAAAGUCUGGUUCCAAAACAGAAGAUGUAGAGAGAAGCAGAGGAAAGAGGCAUCACGCCUUCAAGCUGUAAAUAGGAAGCUGUCGGCAAUGAACAAGCUUUUAAUGGAGGAGAAUGAUAGGCUGCAGAAGCAAGUGUCACAGCUGGUGUUUGAAAAUGGCUACUUUCGCCAACAUACUCGGGAUGCGACACUUGCGAGCAAAGAUCCGAGCUGUGAAUCCGUGGUGACGAGCGGUCAACACCACCACGUGACACCACAGCAUCCUCCGAGAGAUGCUAGUCCUGCAGGGCUUUUGUCCAUUGCAGAAGAGACUUUAGCAGAGUUUCUUUCAAAGGCCACUGGAACUGCUGUUGAGUGGGUCCAAAUGCCUGGAAUGAAGCCUGGUCCGGAUUCCAUAGGAAUCGUUACUAUUUCUCAUGGUUGCACUGGAGUGGCAGCACGAGUUUGCGGUCUCGUGGGUCUUGAACCUACAAGGGUCGCCGAACUCCUCAAGGAUAGGCCUUCGUGGUUUCGCGAUUGCCGAGCUGUGGAUGUUCUAAAUGUGCUGCCUACUGCCAACGGUGGAACCAUCGAACUGCUGUACAUGCAGUUGUAUGCACCAACAACUUUGGCACCUGCACGCGACUUCUGGUUGUUGCGCUAUACUUCUGCUCUAGAAGAUGGAAGUCUUGUGGUCUGUGAGAGGUCGCUUAAAAAUACUCAAAAUGGUCCUACCAUGCCAACGGUGCAAUAUUUUGUGAGAGCUGAAAUAUUCCCGAGUGGUUAUCUUAUACGAUCUUGUGAGGGGGGUGGUUCAGUCAUACACAUUGUUGAUCAUAUGGAUUUGGAGUCGAGGAGUGUGCCAGAGGUGUUACGCCCUCUUUAUGAAUCAUCAACAAUUCUCGCUCAAAAGACAACAAUGGCUGCUCUAAGGCAACUGAGGCAGAUAGCUCAGGAAGCUUCUCAGUCUAAUUCAACUGGUUGGGGUCGUCGACCAGCAGCCUUACGUGCAAUUAGCCAAAGGUUAAGCAGGAGUUUUAAUGAGGCUGUCAAUGGUUUCACUGAUGAGGGGUGGUCAAUGAUGGGAAAUGAUGGCAUAGAUGAUAUUACUGUCCUAGUAAAUUCAUCUCCUGACAAGCUGAUGAGCCUCAACCUUUCCUACGCUAAUGGAUUUUCAUCUGUUAGCAAUGCAAUCUUAUGUGCCAAGGCAUCGAUGCUUUUACAGAACGUACCACCUGCAAUUCUUCUCUGUUUUCUGCGGGAACACAGAUCAGAAUGGGCAGACACCAGCAUUGAUGCCUACUCAGCAGCAGCUAUUAAAGUUGGUCCCUGUAGUUUACCAGGGUCUCAAGUAGGAGGUUUCGGAGGUCAAGUCAUACUUCCACUGGCACAUACUAUUGAGCAUGAAGAGUGCUUAGAGGUAAUUAAGUUGGAGGGAAUUGCACAUUGUCCUGAAGAUGGAAUAAUGCCAAGAGAUGUUUUUCUUUUGCAACUAUGCAGUGGAAUGGAUGAAAAUGCGGUGGGAACCUGUGCUGAGCUUAUGUUUGCUCCCACCGAUGCUUCUUUUGCUGAUGAUGCACCUCUUUUGCCUUCUGGUUUUCGCAUUAUUCCUCUCGAUUCCGGGAAGGAAGCCUCCAGUCCAAAUCGCACUCUGGACCUUGCGUCGGCUCUUGAGAUUGGGCCAACUGGAAAUAAAGUGUCUAAUGAAUACUCUGGUAGUUCUGGCUGUGUGAGAUCUGUGAUGACCAUAGCAUUUCAGUUUGCAUUUGAGAGCCACAUGCAAGAACACUUGGUAUCCAUGGCCCGACAAUAUCUCCGCAGCAUUAUAUCUUCAGUUCAGAGGAUGGCAAUAGCUCUUUCUCCAUCUAAUUUGGGUUCACAUGCUGGUCUCCGAACACCACUGGGCACUCCUGAAGCACAGACACUUGCUCAUUGGAUCUGCCAGAGUUAUAGGGUCUACAUGGGUGACGAGCUGCUGAAAUCUAGCAGUGAAAGGAGUGAUUCCAUCCUCAAGACCUUGUGGCAGCACUCCGAUGCUAUCAUGUGCUGCUCGCUGAAGGCACUGCCUGUUUUCACCUUUGCGAAUCAGGCGGGGCUUGACAUGCUGGAGACGACCCUGGUUGCUCUGCAGGAGAUUACUUUGGAGAAAAUAUUUGAUGACCAUGGACGUAAAGUUCUCUGCACGGAGUUCCCACAGAUAAUGCAACAGGGGUUUACUUGUCUACAAGGUGGGAUAUGCAUGUCGAGCAUGGGAAGGCCGAUUUCAUACGAGAGAGCAGUGGCAUGGAAGGUGUUGAAUGAGGAAGAGAAUGCUCAGUGCAUCUGCUUUAUGUUCAUCAACUGGUCUUUUGUCUGAAAACUUAAAUAUAGACCAGAAACUGCUGAAGUAUCAUCAUUUUAUUUUGUAUUUUUAAUAUUUUGUUCAACUUUAGCUGGCUAAAACCCCAUGGUAUCACUCUUCACUGG